GCCCGUUCUCCAGGUCGUUUCCGUUUACGGAUAACGAUUCCGGAGAGGUGCCCAAAAACAGAUCGAAGACAGCGACGGUGUAACAAAAUAGGCACCUGUCCAUUGCAGCCUUGAACUGCAAUCUCUCAGUUGUCCCAGUGCUGGAAAGACAUCACUCUCAAGCAUGCGUGCCACUCGCCGGCUACUGCAGUCUUGCAGGAUAACACUGUUUACCCGCGAGAACUGCGGUCUCUGCACGCAAGCAAAGUCUGUGCUCUCCAAUGUGUGGGACCAACGACCAUUCGUUUUCAAGGAGGUCGACAUAAUCAGACCAGAAUCGCGAGAGUGGCGGAAUCUGUACGAAUUUGACGUUCCGGUGAUUCACAUCAGCAAGGCUCAGUCGCCCGAGGAAGACCCAAAACUGUCCUCCCAGGCCACAAAACUGAUGCACCGCUUCACCGUCGAGGAGGUCAUGGCUCGAAUGGACUCUGUAGAGAAGUGAUCGUUGAGGAUUGGCUCGACUUUCUGUCUCGAUAAAUAUGCUAUGC